CACCUGUAGGAAAUGAAGUGAACACUAUUGAAGAUGAUCAGGAGAAUAUCGAACCUGGUGAAGUCCACAAUGAUAAAAAGAAUAUGAAAAAAAGUGGCCCGAUUAAACGAAAAGCUACGGAAUGAUGAAAAAUAGCAUGUACAACACGUGUAGAUUGGCCGAUAGCCAGCUCGUGUGAAAGCAGCACUCGCCUUCGGCGCGCACUACCAACCUCACACACUAGACGGAAAUCGACCCUACUCCACACUGUCACACGAUGCACUAUUCCGUUCAGCCGUUGUAUAUUUGUAUGUUUUACAGGAUGCAGACGGCUGCGGUUCAGGGAAAAAAUCUACAAGAUCUCACGAAUCCUUCGGUGAACCAGUGGCUGAGAAAAUGACCAAACCACAGAAGCCCAAUUCAUCGGCUGAUAAAGUGAGAGAGGCUCAAAGCUCUAUUCUGACGGAGCCUAAUGCGAUGACACCAGACGAUGUAGAACUUAGCAAAAACAAGCAGUCGCCGGAUAGUGGUCUUGAUGUAGGUAAAAAAUCCGCUCAGUCUCCCAAAGCCUUAGAUAAACCAAUGGUCGAAAAAAUAGUUAAACCUGCAAAGAAGCCCGAUUCGUCUGCUGUUAAAAAGAAGGGAAAUCGAAGCAGUAGUAUGACGGCGAAGGACAGUAAUACAUCAGCGGCACGAAAGACGACCGAUAAUACCCUGGACAGCAAAAACAUGAAUUCGGGAUGUGAUGACCUUAGUCAUGCAGACCUCUUGCAACAGAUUAAAAAUCUAAAGGCGAAAUGUUCCAAAGAUGAAACUACGAUUGCCAGUCAAAAUUUAAUGAUGAAGGAACUUACAACACUGAACAUGGAACUGCAGCGCGAUGUCAUCCAGUAUUUCAAAGAAUUCAAAGUUAUGUCGGAACAAUAUGACGGAGUCAUACGUAACUUGGAAGGUUGUAAUGCACCACCACCUGGACAUAUUUCAAACGACAAGAUUCAUUUGGGACAUAACGUAUGGAUCCCCUAUAGUACGUACAAUGGUGCCGUCAACAGGGCAAAGUCGAAUCAGAUGUUCGUGAAGGAAAUCGCCGUAGCAGUAUUUGGAUACGACGUUCUGAAAAAUAGCAGUAUCACUGGUACACAAUCAAAUAAAUUCAAAGACAAACCGGCAAAAGCAAAAUUGGAUGAAACAAAGAUGCUCGCUAUAAGUGAUAUCUACCGUCACCGCUUACUGGCCAUACAGAAGGCUUCUGAAUUCAAUACGCAAAUGGAAUUAUCAAAAGUAAACCUUUACGUCACUAGGAAGAUAUCCGACCUAAACAAACUGAAAAAGACUGAUAAGCCAUCGACAUCAUCGAUGACAUCAAGUGUACCCGAAGAGGAUGAUCAGAAAUCAGACGCGGGGGAUGAUAUAGGCACCAACUCCAACAUUACUGACGAUGUCGGAAACUCCCCUAUUAGGAUACUUGAAGAUCAUGACAAUAAAGAAGAAAAUACAGGUUUGUCAGUUUAUAACGUCAGAUUAACAUAUGUAAACUUCGUAGGAAACGAAAACCGUGCCACUUAUGAAGACUUCUGCUUUUCAACAUACUUGUUAGAUGCGGAACACACGCCGAAUGAGGAACUCAGCGAGUAAGAGCGAGAGUCAGUCACGUAGAGACAGUCACGGGAUGAUUUUGUCAUAUUUGUAUUCUCG